AUGGCAAACAUAUUGCGACUGUCUUCGGCAUACGUUGGCUUUGGUGCGUCGGACGCCGAGAUCUGUGUUAUCUCCUCAUUCGGACUCAAGUUUUCCAUGUUCGACCUCGCCUCGUCUAAAGCGACUGAGAUCGGCAGCCCCAAGGUUUUUUCUUCAUCCUCUGCGUCCAAAUGUUUCUCCUUUCGACCCGAGACACGUCACCUUGCGGUGCUGACGAGAACUUCGGGUAAGGACAUGGUAAGCAUACACAGCUAUCCGACAAGAGGACUGCAGAGGUCCUGGGCUCCCGACACAAUCGAUGCCCAGGCAUUGGUUUGGAGCCCAGACGGGCGGUGGCUGGUAGUGUGGGACUCGCCCGCCCAUGGCCACAAAGUCCUCUUCUAUACAUCCGAUGGUCACGUCUUCAAAUCCUGGUCUGGGCCUGCCAAUCCCCUUCCGGAGGAUCGGGACUUUGCUCUCGGAGCUGGUGUCCGGACGGUCGAGUUUUCUGGAGACGCCCGAUAUCUUGCGGUUGGCGAUUUCAGCAGGUCUGUUUGCGUCCUCAACAUGACCUCCGUCACGGAGACAAUGCGAUUGCGGCACCCGAGAACUCUCGUCCCGAAAGAUACCCUCCAGGUUUGGCAGGAGCAAAUUGCCGUAUCACAUGCAGGGCCUACCAUCCACACCUUUUUGCGAACGACCCAGGGCAUAUCCCCAGCCCCUGCGUUGAGGGACAACUCAGAGCCUGUCUCCGGAUGCGCCUCCAUUUCGUUCGAUCCCUCCUCAACCCUUGUUGCCACGCGGCAGGACGACUCCCCCAGUACUGUCUGGGUCUGGGACGUGCAGGCCGCAGAGCUUCGCGCAGUGCUCCUCUUUCAUGGAAAUGUGGCGAGUCUUUCGUGGCACCCAACCAUCUCUGAAACCCUGUUAGUCAGGUGCGAAGGCGACCAGUACAACGGCUUGGUCUUUAUCUGGGAUCCCCUCUCGGAAGGUCCCCGGUCUGUUGACUUCGCCCGCCACUUACCUGGCGGCAAGACAGGUGGCAAGCUUCGGGCUCUGUGGCUUGGGGUUGAGCAGUCGACUUCUCCGUCCGUUUUCUUCUCGGACGCCCAUCAUUACGUGCUUGCAUGUCUUGGCGAGACGGCACAAGGCCCGGCUCCGUGGGGCGACCACGAGUUCUCGGGACCAAAUUUGUCAAUGGAGGGACGCAACGAACGUGAAGAGUCCCCCCUCCACCUGAUCCCGGCAGCUGACGCAAGAGAUGAAAUCCCCGUCUUGGAUGAGGACGAUGACUCUAGCGAGCUGGAGGACACCUUUGUUUACAAGCGGUAG